AUGGCAGUGAAGAGGAUCCUUAGAUACUUAAAGGGAACAAUGGACUAUUCCUUGUGUUAUCAAGGAAAUGAUUUACGCUUGACGGGUUACACCGAUGCCGACUGGGCUGGCGAUUUAGAUGAGCGUAGAUCGACUUCAGGAUAUGCUUUCUUGCUAAGUGAUGGUGCUAUUACUUGGAGUAGCAAGAAGCAGUCUUGUACAGCCUUAUCCACGAUGGAGGCUGAGUUCAUUGCUUGUUCAGCAUCAGUUCAAGAGGCUGUAUGGCUGAGAAGGUUUCUACAAAGCUUACAAGUCACAACGGAGGCAUCUUCUCCAGUGACUAUACAUUGUGAUAGUCAAGCUUGUAUUGCUUAUAUGAAGGAUCCCAAGUAUCAUGGGAGGACAAAGCACAUCGAAAUCAAAGGAAAUUUCGUGAGAGACAUUGUGGCAAAGAAAGAAGUGGUCCUUAAGUACAUAUCUACACAUAGAAUGGUUGCUGAUCCAUUUACCAAACUAAUUCCUAGAGAUGUGUUUCUGGCUCAUGUUCGAGCUUUAGGUUUGCGUAGAAUUUAA